AUGGUAUCCCUUCGCGAGGGCAGCGAGUCUUUGACCUCGUCCCUUCUCCAGGCUCAGGCUGAGCUGGAUCAAAUCGGGCACCGGCUGGAGCAGGAGUUUAGCAGCAGAUAUCGGGACUCGGAGGUCAACCCCCUGGUGGUACUCAACCGCCUGCACAAGCUGCGCAGGGACAUCAGCGCCGUCGCAGAAGAUGCCGAGGACUUGGCCGGCACGAGGGAUACCCUGGCGGCCGAACUGAGCGGGCUCUUGGCCUCCAACGUCGCCAAGCUACAUGCCUUGCAGCGGAAGGCAGGCAUCCACCCAUCCCUGGAGCUGCCUGGUGUACCAGCCUGA